AAUCACACUGUUACAUAAGGCACGUCUGGUUUUAUAGUCAAGUCAAAGCCGGAAGUAGCGACAGCUUCAUGCUAGCAGCACCGGCCAACCGUUGAGACCCUGUUCAGAAUAGAUGCGUUAACCUGGACCGCAAACUCAACACAAAGUAUGAUUCAAAGAUCUGUUAAAAUCACGCAAGACAUUCACUACACGACAGAUAAGCUCGUUAGCUUCGAAGCUAACGUAAAAGCUCAAAUACAUUGGCACAAACCGGCUCGUUCACACAGAGUCUAGCUUCGUCUGUGAAGCUAGUUUACGUGUUUGGUGAAAUAAUGGUAAAUGUUGACUUCGAAAUUGUUUCUCAAAGCAGUGGAUAAGCACAAUACGGGCUCAUCCAGAUGUUCCCAGGCUCCUAUUUCCUCCAGCACACACGCAUAUGUUUCCUAGUGAUGUUAAAAUAUGUAUAAUUAUUUAAAAUGUGGUUACAUAUUAGAGUAAUCCUUAUAAGUAUACCCUUUAAAUUGUCAGGUUUUUUGUCUCCAAGUAGCCUUUGCUAUUCUUUAAUCUACAUGCAUCUAUAUUUGCUGUUGUGCGUGUGUUGUCGGUGUCGUGUAUGAAUGGACGGAUGCAUUGUGUUUAAUCCGGUGGAUUGCAAACUGUCUUCAGGGUGAUGGGACCAGACGGGGCCCCAGGUCCAGCUGUGCCCUGGCGGAAGGUGCUGUGGGAGUGCCAGGCGUUCCCCGACAACUACGUGGACCAGCGGUUCCUGGAGGAAUUGCGGAGGAACGAGGGCAUCCGGCAGUACAGCUACUGGGCUGUGGUGCGAGAGGCGGGCUUUGUCGGAGAGCAGCUGUCCUGCGUGGCCAUUUUUAUCACCCUGUGGCUCUACAUGGAGCAGAGUCUGCUGUCCCCUGAGACGCUGUUGUGGACCAGCCUCGUCUGCGCCCUGCUGGGUUAUGGACUGCACCGAGCCUUGCCAGCUCCAGUCGAAUCCGGCUGCGAGCCCCGGACCCGACUGGCUGACCUGCAGAGCGCCACCAUUUUUCUCUCCUUCACCUUUGGCUUCUCGCCAGUUCUGAAGACGCUGACGGAGUCCGUGAGCACCGACACGGUGUACGCCAUGUCGGCCGUGAUGCUGCUGUCCCACCUGGUGUCGUUCCCAUACGCCCAGCCAUCACCUCCCGGCAGCUUCUCCCUGAACGCCGCCCUGUUCGCCUCGGUGUGUUUGGCCUCGAGGUUACCCGGGGCCCUGCACACCUUCGCCAUGCUCACCUGCGCCCUGCUGGUGUUCGCCCUGUGGCCCUGCCUGCUGCAGAGGCUGAGGGGGAGCGCCCCCGGCCAGUUCGCCGGGGUGUGUGUGGGAGUGUGCGUCGCAGGAGUGGCAGGUCUGGGGUCCCAGUGGCCAGGCGGAGCCGUGCUCUUGGCCCUGGCCCUGGGGAGCGUCACGCUGCUCUGCCCGCUGCUGCUGGUCAGACUGCAGAGGCACAAGGACAACAUCCAGGGGCCCUGGGACGAGGCGGAGAUCCACGAGGACCUCGGCCACUUCGGCCACUAGCGGACCGAGCCGAGAGGACCACAUGACGGUCGUCUGAACUGAACUCCUUCAUCGGCGGUCCACAUCUGUUUGGACAGCCAUGACAACUUGUUAUACUCUAAUGUUCAAGCUGCUAUUAGCUUCAUAAGUAUUCUGAAUUUAACAAGAGAUGCUGACUUGUGAUGUUUUAAUAAUCUGUGGGAGGUGUUCCAUGUUUUUUAUGGUUGUGUACAGUGUGUUGUUGGUGUCGUGUAUGAAUGGACGGAUGCAUUGUGUUUAACCCGGUGAAUUGCAAACUGUUAAUAUGAAACGGAAGUUUAAAUGAACAAUUUAAAGGGUUUUGUAAUAAAGAAAAGUUUCUACAGUGAGAUGUUAUUUAAUAUAAAAGUUAAGGAUUACCAGUCAUUUUUACAACAGUGGGAGUGUAAUGCAACAAUAAUUAAUUCAUGUAUUUUCAGUGGUACAUGAUGCAUUCAUCUCUGAUUUUCAGCGAGUUCGCUGCUCAGCAAUUAAUGACAAUAACGAGAGAUUUUAUUUUAUUUAUAAUGAACCCGACAGCUUUCUAAUAAUGUAGUAUAACUCAUGAAAACCUGCUUCU